CAUCCAUCGAAGCCGAAACAGAGAACCCGUUUCAGAUAUCAAUACUACCAUCAAAGUACUGAUUUCUAGGUCACUUUGUUCUACAAAAUGAAGGGUCAUAGUCUAAUACUAUCAACAAGCAAACAAAACCAUGCACCUCUCUCUCUUGAAGACACCAUUAAGCUCUUAAAAGUCUCAGCUGAUACAAAGAACUUAAAACUGGGCAAAAUGAUUCAUGCUCAUUUGACCAUAUUGAGUGAAUCCCCCCAAAAUGAAAACAUAGCUCAAACAAACUCAUUAAUUAAUUUCUAUGCAAAAUGUGACCAAAUACCAGUUGCCCGCCAACUAUUUGAUAAUAUGCACCAUAGAAAUGUGGUUUCAUAUAGCUCCUUAAUGUCAGGGUAUUUGCAUUAUGGGUUUUCAUUGGAAAAUCUUAAACUGUUCAAAAGUAUGGUUUCUGUGGAAAAUAUGAGGCCAAACGAAUACAUUUUUGCCACAGUUCUUUUCUCUUGUUCCCGAAGCAGCAAAGUUGAAGAGGGUAAGCAGUGUCAUGGGUAUGUGAUGAAGUCAGGAUUGGCGUUUCAUCAGUAUGUGAGGAGUGCACUUAUAGAUUUGUAUGCAAAGUGUCAAGAUAUGGGAAUGGCUAUGCAAGUUUUUAAUGCAUUGCCAGGAUAUGAUGUUUUUUCAUAUAAUUCAAUUCUAAAUGGACUUUUGGAACAUGGAUAUAUGAGGGAAGGGGUUGAGGUAUUGAGCAGGAUGGUAAAUGAGUGUGUGAACUGGGAUACCACUACUUAUGUUAAUGCUUUUGGGAUUUGUGCUUGUCUUAAAGACUUGAAAUUGGGUUUGCAAGUUCAUGGCCAGAUGUUAAAGAAUGAUGUUCAAAUUGAUGCCUUUAUUAGUAGCGCUAUGAUUAACAUGUAUGGGAAAUGUGAGAAGAUUUCAAAUGCUAGGAAGGUUUUUGAUGGGUUGAAAACUCGAAAUGUGGUCUUAUGGACAUCAAUGCUUGCUUCCUUCUUUCAAAAUGGGUACUAUGAAGAAGCAUUGAAUUUUUAUAAUGAAAUGGAAGAGGAAGGCAUUCAGCCCAAUGAACUUACUUUUGCUGUCUUGCUGAACUCUGCUGCAGGAUUGUCCACAGUAAGAUAUGGAGAUGUCUUACAUGCACUUGUCGAGAAGUCUGGUUUUAAGGAAAAUGUUAUUGUUGGGAAUGCUUUGAUCACUAUGUAUGAGAAGGGUGGCAUCAUUGAAGCAGCUUUUAAAGUAUUUUCUAAUAUGAUAUAUCGAGACACUAUAACUUGGAAUGCUAUGAUAUGUGGGUAUUCACAUCAUGGACUUGGUAGGGAAGCUCUGAUCGUGUUUCAAGAAAUGUUGGCUGCAGAAGAAUGUCCGAACCAUGUGACUUUUGUUGGGGUUCUCUCUGCUUGUGGCCAUUUGGGGCUAGUGCAAGAAGGUUUCUACUAUUUGAAUCAGGUUAUGAAUAAGUUUGAAAUCAAACCAGGACUAGAGCAUUAUACAUGCAUUGUUGGACUUCUAAGCAAAGCUGGACUGCUUGAUGAGGCUGAGAAUUUUAUGAGGUGUACACUUGUCAAAUGGGAUGUUGUUGCAUGGCGUACUUUGCUCAAUGCUUCACAUGUCCAUCAGAAUUAUGGUUUUGCUAGGCGGAUUGCUGAAUUUAUCUUAAAGAUGGACCAUGAUGAUGUGGGUACAUAUACACUGCUAUCUAAUAUAUAUGCUAAGAAAAAAAGAUGGGAUGGAGUCUCGAAGAUUCGGAAGUUGAUGAGGGAUAGGAAUAUCAAGAAAGAACCUGGUGUGAGCUGGAUUGAGAUAAAGAAUGCAACCCAUGUUUUUGUUUCUGAGGAUAUUAACCACCCAGAGUCUAGUCAGAUUUAUGAGAAGGUAAAGGAACUGUUGGCUAAGAUUAAGCCAUUAGGGUAUAUACCGGAUGUUGCUGCAGUACUUCAUGAUGUGGAGGAUGAGCAGAAGGAAGAGUAUCUUAGUUAUCAUAGUGAGAAGUUGGCCAUAGCAUAUGGCCUUAUGAAAACAUCACCAGGAGCACCUAUCCGGAUAAUUAAGAACCUUAGGAUGUGUGAUGACUGCCAUUCAGCGGUGAAACUUAUUUCAAAGCUUACAAACAGGGAUAUAAUUGUCAGAGAUGCCAACCGUUUCCACCGAUUUCAAGAUGGGUGUUGCUCCUGUGCAAAUUACUGGUGACAUAUUGAUGGAAUACCAACAAAAAAAACAU